UCCACGCGUACAACGUAUUAAUUUGUAAUAUUGUAAUUUAACAUUUUUUAAAAAUUUGACUGCUUUUCUGUAUUAAAAUUUAAAAGUUACAAAUUAUUGAAAAAAUAUAUUUGAAAUGGAGUCACAGCUUGUACCUGAAGAACAACAAACUGCUGGAAACGGUAAUUGUAAUAAGAGUAAAGGAGGAGGUGAUUCUGUGGAUCGUCACUGCGCCACUUGCGCCAUCCUCAUCCCUUCUGAUCGGGUCAAAAAGUGUGGAAAAUGUGGUCGACGGGCAUAUUGCAGUCGUGAAUGUCAAGCAAUUGAUUGGAAGACAAAGAAAGAUGAAGGAAAGGCUCACAGGAGUCAAGGUCACUCCAGAUGGUGUGGAUUGUCCUAUGGCGAGGAGGACUUGGACUGGGUCGUUCGCGAGAAGUUUGACCCCUCAUCAGGGGCCAGCCUUGGUCUGGGCGUCUUCGCAAAACGAUUCUUCCCCUCGACAACUCGCAUCAUGGUGGAUACGUAUCAUGGACACAACUUCGCUCUCUCCGGGGACAUUAUCAAGGAUACGUUCGCCAUCAUGGAGGCCGUCGGUCCUUCGAAACAUUUGGCUCACAAUUGCAAUUCGAAUGCAAGCCAGAUCCUCCUUAAAGAUUUAAACGAUGUGAUGGUUAUCUACUCAAAGCGAGAUAUUCUUCCCGAUGAAGAAAUUACAAUCAAUUUCCUAACGUAUGGGGAUUUGUUGCAGUCUAUCGUUGAUCCUGACACGAUGUAUGGGCCAUUUUUGUAUUCCGGUUGCCUCGAGACCUUUGCAGAUUGUCGUCGAAUUUUGGAAAGCAGAUUCAACAUCAUCUGUCCGUCGGAUUGUUUCUGUCGUGACGACGAAAUGGACAAGUUGAUCAAUGCAAGUAGAAAAGCUAUGGCUGCGCUAAGGGAGAAAGAAGACAGUCUGGAGCGUAAUCCACGCCGGUUGGUUGUCAACAUCAUGAUGGAAGAUUUGCAAAACUUGUUGAAAUCAAUGGACAAGAUUGGGGUGUCGGGAAUGAGGAAGGCGAUCUACUUAGGAUUGGCUUGGCGACUCUGUGUCCAACAGAGGAAAACGCUCGAACGGAGCCGUCAAUUCGUUAAGGAAGCGUACGACAUUUAUUUGGCUAUUUUGCAUCCCAAGUCUUCGGAUGUUAAGGCGGCUGAAAUGUUUCUCAAAUAUCCGGAAGGUUAUGAUAGGUAUUUGUGGUUUGAUCGUUGAAAUGAAAUGUUUGUAUUCCUAUCUAAUUAAUGAAAUCGGACCGUUUUGGAUUUUGUAUUACUUUUUUUUUGUUCUAUUGAUUUUUUUAUAUUUUCGUAAGUUUUUACGCUUUUUAUGUUCUUGUACUAAAUGAGACAAUUUAAUUUCUUUCUGUGUGAUUCCUCCAUGAUCCGUCAUUAUCACAGAGUCGGAUAUCUAUCUAAAUAAGUCUUAUUCAAAGGAAAUUUGAAAUAAAACAUUUAAAAAAAUUG